GACACCCACAAAGACUUCUUGCCAAGGGGCCGAGUAUGGAGCCAAUGAAAAGGAAGGUAAAGGUGGGUAAUAAUAGCCGACUGUGAAAAACCAUAAAAAGCAAGCGGUGCAUUUUCCCGCCGCCCAAAUUCCCGCCGCGGCGUCCGCUCGCAUUUAUAUAAAUACGUAUCAAUCAAUCCCUGAAAACCCUAGAAAGAACCUUUCCCUCCGAAUCCUCGUUUGAAAAAGGCCGGUCCUUUUCUUCUUCCCUGAUCCGAAAGAUGGAGGUGGAGGCGGAGAUCGCCAUGCUGGGGCUUCGGAAGAUGGCGGUGGAGCGGCGGGAGGAGGAGAAGGAGAUGGGCGGCGGGUGGGUGACGCCUCGAAGGGCGGAGUGCCGGAUCCCGGCCGCGAUCCGCUGCCCGCCGCCGCCGAGGAAGAAGUCCCCCGCUGCGGCAUACGGAAAGAAGAAAGCGCCGCCCAAAAACGGCUACUUCAACCCGCCCGACCUCGAAGCCCUCUUUGCGAUGGCGCCGAGGCGGGAGGAGGCCUGCGCCUGAAGCCAGGUGGAGAAAAGUUCAUCGUACCAAAACGUGCAAUUUUGGAAUGUUCUUCUUUGUAUUUCUUCUCGAUCGUAUGAUCUAUAUCAGCCUUCUUCUUAUCAAAAAUCAAGUCUUUGUUCGAACUGCCAAGAACAAAGACUGCAUAUGGAUGAUUGGGGAGCAUCCAAUGUUGUGAGGAAUCCAAUGUUGUCUUCUUAUGUUAUACAAGACUGUCAAUGCACUGUUGCAAACAAAAGCAGAGCAGUGGGAUCUGAGGCACCAGUCACUUCAAGCUCAGAUGCAAAUGAUACAUGGUGAGAAAUCUUCAAGAACCCUAAUCCAGCUUUUGCCAGAUUUCAGAGAAGGCUUAAUGAGCACUUUGGGGACAAGUAGAGAGUGGAGAGGGACAACUUGACUUGCAAUUGAUUCUCUAAAGCAUAUUUUGAGUUCACCCAAAUUCGAUUUCAACUUGAUGUUGGAAUUAAUGAUUGUAAUUUCUUCACGACGACUAUAAUUUUAUAUCUUCAACAAAA